GCGCAGCCCCGAGCCGCAGAGGCGCGCGAUGCCCCGCCGCCAGUGACGUCGACGCGGGGGCUAUGAUGUCGGCGCUGAGCGCGGCGGAGCUGGGCGUGGCCGGGUACGGGGACUUGACGCCCUACGGCGCGCUGUGGGACCACCACCACCAUGCGCCCACCUACCACCACCCGCACCCGGCGGACCUGCUGGCCGCGGGCUUCCCCGCCGACCUCUGGGUGGGCGGCGCCAACCCCCAGUCGCACCGCAUGCUGCCGCAGAGGUUCGGCGGCGUGCCCGUCAACGCGGUGGGGCUGGACGGCCGCGGCGGCGGCAUGCCCGGUCUCGGCGGCGGCCUCCAGGACGUGCCCGCCAAGCCCGGCCCGGGCAGCACGGCGUCCAUGGGCUCGCUGAGCAGCAGCCCCAGCUCCGUGGGCAACCCCGGCGCGGGCGGCAGCAAGAAGACCCGGCGCCGCGUGGCCACCAUGGCACAGCGCCGCGCCGCCAACAUCCGCGAGCGGCGCCGCAUGUACAACCUCAACGAGGCCUUCGACAAGCUGCGCCGGAAGGUGCCCACCUUCGCCUACGAGAAGCGCCUGUCGCGCAUCGAGACGCUGCGGCUCGCCAUCACCUACAUCUCCUUCAUGAGCGAGCUCAUCGGCGGCGACGCGGGCUGCGCCCCGUCCCCCAAGCCCACCGAGGCCUACGGGAUGGGCGUGCCCAGCCAGCGCGGCUACCCGUCGUACCCCCUCAUACCGGCGUAGCGUGUAGCGCAGCUUGUCUGGCUCCCCUAGCUCUCCCGAGGCCAAGCAGAGCCCGUAGCCCACGCCUACGGUUUGAGCCUCUCCGCCUCCCUCGCCGAACCAGGAAACCGACGUCCCUUGACGGCCCACCCAACCCCUUGCUGCCCCGAACAACUACAGCAAGACUACUGUGUGUACUCACCUCGGUUUGCAAAAGCCUGCCUCUAAAACUCUAAGUCAAUGGCACUGGAAAAUAAAAAGCAAAAGAAAAGAAGACUAUGAAACUUCCGAGACGUUAGAAGAGGCGGGGAGACAAGGCCCUGAUCAGGACAGAGGCAGAUUCGUGCAUUAUCUUAAAGAUGGAUUAAUUAGAUGCACGAAAUAAUUUGCUAAUUUUGACAAAAUUACGUACAUUAACAAAAGUAACAUCCACCUGAAGGUGAUGCAAAAGUUAAUUUUUUUUAAAAAUCUUGAUUGUUUUGUAGUUUAUGGGGUAGAGUUAAAGUGUCCCCAUUUCUUAUCCAAACGUGAGAAAAAAAUCAUUUCUGCACAGAAUGCUGUUAUUUCAUCUUUUAUUGUGAUAUUAUAGUAGAACUUGUUGAAUGCAUGGUAGCCACGCAUGAUCAUCAACCAAUGAAUGAGUCAUGCAAAGUUACCCCACAUUACAGGUUACCCAGCAUGUAAACAGUUACUUCAUGUUAUGUUUUCAAAAUAAAAUAAUGGUUUAAACCAUCAAAA